GACCGCUCGCCAGCCGUAUCCGUUUUUGGGGGUGUCCGAUCCCGUUUGCUUCCCCAGCUCGUUCAGGCAGGCCUGCUGCCUCUCCCUCUCCCCUCCCCGCGCCGAACAAGACGGGAAGACUCCGGCCGAUCCACGCCUGCCUCGAUCCAAACCGCCGCUUCUCCACCUCGUCGUCUCCCCUCGCUGAACGCCGCCGGCGGCGACCCGUUCCGGGCUUCUUCCUUCCUGAGACAGCUUCUGCUUGCAGGUUCUGAUCGCACAAAGCGCAAUGGACCUUCCAGUAGCGGAUCCUGGAACAGAGAGAGGCGAAGGCCCGCUCCUCCAAUGCCCGUACUGUGAUUCAGAGGCAAUGCACAAGCUGGCACAGCUUCUUCUCCCUGGCCUGGCUGCGGUCUGCGUCGACAGCACUACAGGCGAUCUGUUCAGGAAGCCCUCCGUUGUUGCAGUUGAGUUGAGGAAGGAGAUGGUGGACUACAUCACGCAGAGGAGCGAUACUUUCAUCGCCGAUGCUCUUAUUGAGUCUGAAGCAAAUCAGGAAACCGAGAACGAGAUGCCGGAGGACCCUUUCGAAAUCGUUUCAAUCUUUAUGGAUGAUUUCAGCAGCACCAAGAGGAACAUCAUUGGCCAUGUCUCUGGGUGGCUGCUAAGUGACAGUCGCGAGGAUAAGAUUGAUGAUUUUGUCCAGGAGAUGGAGAUGACCCGGUUCUGGCCACUGGACAGGAGGGAAGCCAUUGCUGAGGUCCUCCUCAAGAAUGUUGACCUCAAGACCAAGUUCCACUGCCCUGAGAAGUAUGAAAACGAGGAGCGACUGGCUGAUCACAAGCAACAAUGUAGCUUCAGACCUGUUACUUGCCCAAAUGAUGGAUGCCGAGCCAAAGUUUCUGUCCGCUGCAUGGAGGAUCAUGAUGCAGCUUGCCCAUUCAAGGUCCUUCAGUGUGAGCAGAACUGUGAGAAGCGCCUCCUGAGGCGUGAUAUGGAUAGGCACUGCGUCACCAUCUGUUCAAUGAGGCCCAUGAAGUGCCCAUUCGGCUGUGAUUCCUCAUUCCCUGAGCGCGAUCUUGAGAAGCACUGCUUGGAGUUUCUUCAAGAACAUUUGCUUAAGGUUCUUAAGGUCAUUCACAAGAAAGGGCAUUCAGAAGAACUGAAGGAGCUUGCUCAGAAGCUAGAAAAGUAUGAUGAACAUGGUAAGCUGGCUAAAGCUCGGGAUGCGAGACCUCUUACUAAUGUUGUGAAGGACCUUGAAGCAAAGAUGAAAGGUGAACCCUCUAGUUAAAGGGGUCUUUUAUACAUCCAAACCUCACAAGAUGGAUAAUGAUAUGGUUUAGUUGAAGGGCUUUUUUCCUACAUGCAGCAUACAAAGAAGAAUAUAAGUUCUGCUUUAUUUUUACUCCGUUGCAACAAUUUUUUGCUUCUCGCUCCCAUCGCAAUAAAAUCAAUUUGCCAGUAUGUAUAUUUUGCUAUUGCUAUGUGCCUGCAAUUUUGUAUGAGUAUACUGUUUGUUUUGGUAAUAAAUAAAGGAUCGCAUGUAAAUUGAGUUGCUUAA